GGAGGUUCUGGCGCCCAAAGCAAACAAAAGUCAGUGACAAGCAACAUGUCUGAACUUGAGCUCUCAGAAGAAUCAUGUGAGGAAGUGGUGGCAGCUGUCCUUCCGGCCUCCUGCAUUCAGCAGCUGGCCAGCCGCAACUGGAAGGAGAGGUUUUCCGGCCUGGAGGCAUUUCAGAAGGCUGUGGAAGAAAUAGAAAAGAGCAAAAUGCCCUGCCAGGCCCUGGUGAGGCUGCUGGAGAAGGAUAGUGGAUGGGAGGAAACCAAACUCCCGGUGAUGCAGAAAAAGCUUCACAUCAUCACCCUGAUCGCCCAGAAGGGAAACUUUUCCAGAACAUCAGCUCAGGUUGUCUUGGCCAGCUUGGUGGGGAAGGUGGGCGAUGUGAUCUGCAGCAGCGACGUGAAAGGAGCCCUGACAGCGAUAGCAGAGGCCUGUGCGCUGCCGUGGACUGCUGACAAGGUCAUGUCAUUGGCUUUCUCACAGACUCAGCCCAGGACCCAGGCAGAAGCCCUGAAGUGGCUGGCGAAUGCCAUUACAGAGUUUGGCUUCACUGGGAUGGAGAUGAAGGCCUUGGUCAGUACCAUAAAGGCUGCUCUUGCUGCUGUUCACCCGGAUGUACGGGCCUCUGCCUUUGUCCUGCUGGGGACCAUUUCUCUGUACGUGGGCGCCCCUCUGAGAGCGUGCUUCGAGAGCGAGACGCUGCCCCUUCUCUCCCAGAUAGAUGCCGAGCUGGAGAAGAUGAAAGGGCAGAGCCCACCUGCUCCCACCCGGGGCAGCUCCAAGCACUGUAGGGGGAGCGGGGAUGAGGGGAAGGGAGGGAAGCCCCAGGACCAUGGAAGGACUGAGGCUGUGAAUAUCAGCGACAGGAUCACCUCAGCGCUGGUGUCGAAGCUGCGGGACAAGAGCUGGAGGAUCCAAAAGGAGGGCCUGGACGAGGUGGCAGGUAUCCUUAGCAACGUCAGCCUCAUCCAGCCGAACGUGGGCGACCUCCCAGCUGCCCUGAGGGCUUGUCUCCAGGACCCCAAUAUAGUUCUGGUGCAGCAGACUCUGAGAAUCCUCCAGCGACUGGCCACCACCAUGGGCCCGAGCAUCAAGCAGCACGUGAGGAAUCUGGGCAUCCCCCUGGUCACCAUCUUCAGGGACAGCAAGAGCAACCUGCGAGCCUCAGCCCUUAUGGCCGUGAAUGCCUGGGCCGAGCAGAUCGGCACGAAGGACUGGCUGGAGGGGGACGAUUCUUCCGAGGAGCUGAGAGUGGAAAACCCUUUCCAAAGGCAAGAACUGCUGAGCUGGCUGGCUGAGAAGCUGCCUGCUCUCCGUUCUGCCCCCUCAGACCUGCUGCGGGGUGUGCCUCACCUCUACACCUGCCUGGGAGAUUGCAAUGGCGACGUGCAGAGGGCGGCCCAGGAAGCCGUGCCCUUCUUCUUGAUGCACCUGGGAUUUGAGGAGAUGGACAAAGCCACUCGCCAACUGAAGCCGGCUACCAAGGACCAUGUAGUGGCCGUGCUGGAGACAGCCAAAGCCAACCCUACGUCCGAGCCCACUGUUCCUUCUAAGUUGCCUUCCAGGCUGCCAAGGGUCACGGCUGUCCCGGCCUUCACCUCAGCCUCAGCCACAUCCCACCUGGCAUCAGCAUCUUCUUCCCCAGCCCCUGCCGGAGAAUCCGUGUCCAGCAGUGCCCUGGAACGGAAGCCUGGACCCAAAGAAGCCACAUCAGGAGCGGCUGCCCUGAAAGUCAAAGGCUUGCCCGAUGGGGGGAAGGUGCAAACAAAGGCCAGCCUGAAGGAGGGUGGCAACAAGCUGGGUCCUAUUUUUAUCACCGUCCCCAAAGGAAAAGAGCAGAGAGCAAAGGAGGAGAGAGGGCGGAAGGUGCUGAGGUGGAACUUCACCACCCCCAGCAACAAGUACGCGGAGCAGCUGAAGGCUCAGAUGUGCAGCUGUGUGUCCAACUGGCUGCAGGAGGAGAUGUUUCACUCCAAUUUCCAGCACCACAUCAAAGCAUUGGCCAUCCUGGUCAAGCACUUGGAGAGGGAAAAGGACGGCCUCAUCAGCUGUCUGGAUCUGAUCCUGAAGUGGCUCACCCUGCGGUUCUUCGACACCAACACUUGGGUUCUGACGAAGAGCCUGGAGUAUCUCAAGCUGCUGUUCACCUUGCUGAGCCGGGAGAGAUACCAGCUAACUGAGCACGAGGCAACAUCUUUCCUCCCCUACCUGGUCAUGAAGAUGGGGGAGACGAAAGAGGUUCUCCUCAGGGAGGUGCAUGAUGUUUUGAAGAGGGUCUGCCUGGUCUAUCCAGCCAGGAAGAUGUUCAACUUCAUCAUGGAAGGGACCAGGUCAAAGAAAACCAAGCAGCAGGCAGGAUGCCUCACUGAGCUGGGAUAUUUAGUCAAAGCCUACGGCAUGGAAGUGUGCCAGCCAAGCCCUGGCAAAGCCUUCAAGGUGAUAUCUGCCUUCAUUGGAGACCAAAACAAUGCCAUCCGCAGUGCUGCCUUAAACAUCAUUGUGACCGCUUACCAUGUGCAUGGGGAAGGGGUGCUCAAGCUGAUUGGGAACCUUUCAGAGAAACACAUGAGGAUGCUAGAAGAGAGCAUGGAACAGGCAGCCAUCAGGCCAGCUGCUUCUCCGGCCAAACAGGCCACGGAGAGACCGCCGCAUGCUCUGAGUGCAAGUGCUAAUGACAGCAUGGGAACAGCAGACAGCAUGCCCUCCAAACCCAGUCACGCCCACAGCACGGCAGCAGACAUGGAGACGGGGCAGGCAACUCCCCAGACAUUCCAGGUGGACAUAGAGGAGCCUGAGAAUGUGCAUGACUCUCUCCAGUGCAAGAGUCCCAAACCUGAUGGCAUUACUCAGCCAGGUGCAAUUCCUGAACCCCAGCCCAGUGCUGUUUCCCUGCACCCUAAUGGCAUGCACAGAAACGUUGCCUCCACCAUCAACUUCAUUAUCCACCACGUGGCCAGUGGCAACGUCGACACCAUCAUCCAGGCUCUGGCACAGAUCGAUGAGAUCCUGAAGCAGGAGGACAAGGCAGAAGCCAUGUCUGGCCACAUCAACCAGUUCCUGAUAGCCACUUUGCGGCAGCUCCGGUACAUCCACAGGCUGCAGGUGGGGGAGGAGAAACUGGGGAAGGACCAAGUCAUUCAGCUAUAUGGCUGUAUCAUUCGUAACAUGAUGCUGCUGUUCCAGACAGAAAGCCUGGCCCAGGAGGCCUCCACAGGGGUGUUGAAGGACCUGCUCCACAGUCUCAUCACCUUGAUGCUGGAAUCCCUAGUGGAGGACGUGGAGGAAGGGCAAGAGGUCAUCCAGUCCAUCAAUCUCCUAAUGAAAAAGGUGCUGGAGCAGUCUGACCAGACCAGAAUCUUUAGUGCCUUGCUCGCCCUGCUCCAGGAUAGCCUGACAGCUGCAGCCAGCCCCCCCAAGUUCCCCGAGCUGGUGGCCAAGUGUCUGUGGAGAAUCACGCAGCUUCUCCCCCGAACAAUAGGCACUGUCAACCUGGACCAGAUCCUACUGGACAUCCACCUCUUCAUGAAGGCACUCCCCCAAGAGAAACUAAAGCAGUGCACAAGUCCGUUCCCCCAGAUAGCUCUGAAAACUCUACUGCACUCCUUGAGCAGGCUAACAGGGCCUGGGAUUCUGGACCACCUCACCAUGAUCGAGAACAAGGAGGAGUCGGAGCUGGAGGCUCACCUGGGCUGGGCAACAAGGCUCUCCACCAUGCAGGCUGCCAACGAGACCAAUACAGAUGCCGGUCAUGCGGCUGACAAGGCUGCAAAGGGCAAAGUCAAUGACAUGUUAGCAGGCAUCUUUAAAAAGAUUGGCUCCAAGGAGAAUGCUAGGCAGGGUCUGGAGGAGCUGUACGAAUACAAGAAGAAAUCUCCCGAUGUGGACUUGGAGCCUUUCCUGGAAAACUUUUCCCUCCUCUUCCGCAGCUACGUAAAGCAUGGCCUGGCAGUGAUGGGCAUGGAGCGAGAGGGCAAACAGCACCUUCCCCCCGGCACAGGGAUGCCACUUCAGGCUCAGGCUCCCCCUCCCACUAGGACAGCCUCCUCCCCAGGAGAGCAUACAAAUGGGGAGGAGGUGGGGCCAUCUCUCUGCCUGGACAGGCUGAAAUUGAUGAGGCGUCGAUGUAGCGGCACAAAAUCCUGCAGCCAGCUCCCCCUUCCCCGGCGACCUUCAAAGCUCGAAGACCCCCUGGCCCUGGUGUCCCCAGACAAGCAGAGCAGCAAACUCCCCCGCUAUGUGAAGAUCCAGGAGCAGAAAUAG